AUGACCUCCCGAGAGUUAAUUCGGAUUCACCCCUUUUUGCCGAGUCUCAACUGGAAUAUCACCACACUUAUUAAUCAUAAAGAUAAUACCAAAAAGUCGGAUAAAACUCUGCAAGCAAUUCAGCGUGUGGGGCAAGCUGUCAACCUGGCAGUUGGAAGAUUUGUUAAAGUAGGGGAAGCUAUUGCUGAUGAAAACUGGGAUUUGAAAGACGAAAUAAAUAUUGCCUGUAUUGAAGCUAAACAAGCAGGAGAAACAAUUGCAGCACUUACAGAUGUAACCAGUUUGAAGCAUCCUGAAUCUGAUGGCCAGAUCCUGAUUUUUACAGACAAAGAAGGAGUCAUAAAGGCGGCAAGGCUACUUCUUUCCUCAGUGACAAAAGUCUUGCUGCUGGCUGACCGGGUAGUCAUCAAACAGAUAAUAGCAUCAAGAAAUAAGGUUCUUGCAACUAUGGAAAGACUAGAGUCAGUGAAUAGCUUUCAAGAGUUUGUCCAAAUGUUCAGCCAGUUUGGAAAUGAAAUGGUGGAGUUUGCACAUCUAACUGGAGAUAGACAAAAUGAUUUGAAAGAUGAAAAGAAAAAGGCAAAAAUGGCAGCAGCUCGGGCAGUGCUUGAAAAGUGUACAAUGAUGCUUCUCACAGCAUCAAAGACAUGUCUCAGGCAUCCGAAUUGUGAAUCAGCCCAUAAAAACAAAGAAGGAGUGUUUAACCGAAUGAAAGUGGCUCUGGAUAAGGUCAUUGAAAUUGUGACUGAUUGUAAGUCACGGGGGGAGACUGACACUUCAUCUAUCGGUAUUUUUCAUGCAAUUAAAGAAUUCAAGGUGAAUAUUGAAGCUCUUCAGGAGAAUCCUUAUUUUCAGUCCAAAGAAAACUUCUCUGCGUCCUUGGAAGUCAUCUUGGAGCAGACAGAGGACUUCACGGAUUCUGCCUACACCAGCCAUGAGCACAGAGAACGAAUCUUGGAGCUGUGCACUCAGGCGAGGGUGGAACUGCAGCAGUUCCUGUCUGUGUGGAUCCAAGCUCAAAGCAAGAAAACCAAAAGCGUCGCUGAAGAACUGGAGCUCACUAUUUUGCAAAUCAGUCACAGUCUCAAUGAACUUAAGAAGGAACUUCAUAACACAGCAAUGCAGCUGGCGGCAGAUCUCUUAAAAUACCAUUCGGAUCAUGUGGUUCUAAAAGCAUUAAAACUUACUGGAGUAGAAGGAAAUUUAGAAGCUUUGGCCGAAUAUGCCUGCAAACUCUCUGAACAGAAAGAACAACUUAUUGAGACCUGUCGAUUGUUGAGACAUGUAUCUGGGACGGAACCCCUUGAGAUAACUUGUGUACAUGCAGAAGAGACAUUUCAGGUGACUGGUCAGCAGAUAAUUUCUGCUGCUGAAACACUGACGUUGCAUCCAUCUAGUAAAAUUGCUAAAGAAAACCUGGAUGUAUUUUGUGAAGCUUGGGAAUCUCAAAUUAGUGACAUGUCUGCUCUGCUGAGGGAAAUCCGUGAUGGGUUUGAAGGAAGACGAGGAGAGAAGUAUGGCUACCUUUCACUGCCAAAGCCAAUGAAAAACAACGUAAACAAAUCACUGAAGCCAGAGAAGCCUGACUCUGAGGACCAAGCCAAGAUAGCAAAGCUUGGAUUUAAACUGGGCUUGCUUACUUCUGAUGCUGACUGCGAAAUUGAGAAGUGGGAAGAUCAGGAGAAUGAGAUUAUUCGUUAUGGCCGGAACAUGUCCAGGAUGGCCUAUUCUCUAUAUUUAUUUACUAGAGGAGAGGGGCCACUGAAAACUUCCCAGGAUUUAAUUCAUCACCUAGAGGUUUUUGCUGCAGAAGGAUUAAAGCUUACUUCAAGUGUACAAGCUUUUUCGAAACAGCUGAAAGAUGAUGACAAGCUUAUGCUUCUCUUGGAAAUAAACAAGCUAAUUCCUCUAUGCCACCAGCUCCAGACAGUAACUAAAACAUCUUUGCAGAAAAAAGUAUUUCUAAAGGUUGAGAAGUGUAUUACAAAGACAAGAUCCAUGAUGGCUCUGUUGGUUCAACUGCUCUCACUUUGUUAUAAACUGCUGAAGAAGCUUCAGAUGGAAAACAGCAGAUGGGUCUCAGUUACAAAUAAAGACACUGGACAGUAAAAUUUGAGAAGCUUUUGGGGCCAGACCUCUGGAACAUCAUGUGGCACAACUGGCAUUUUAAAAAAGCAAACAAUAUUUUAUAUUUUCAGAAAUUGAAGUUUUAUAAAGAAAACUGCUUAAUUUUCUGAUCUUCAGAAUGUGAAGCUGUCAACUAGUAAAUGCCAUAGUAGUUACUAGAAUUCUAAUUGCAGUGAGAUUUUAAAAUGGAACAUUGCACUAAUAAUGUUCUUUAAAAGAUAAACCAAAUAUCCCGUCUUAAGGACAACUGAAUCCAAAGAAGCUACUUUGAAUGUGCUCAACUCUGGCAUAGUAUAUCUUAACUACCUUAUUUAAGCUUAUCAUUUUAGAAAACUAAUACAGCAAAAAAAUACAUAGUAGUUUGAAUGCAAGGUUUUUCUUAAACCUGUGGACUCUUCAACCCCUCUGCCCACAUGACAAGAGGUCCUCAGAUCCCAUUAGCAAUAAUCCAUGCCAGUACCAAUGCUGUUUUCUAGCAAACAUUUCGUGUACAGUGGGUUGCCUGUGAAGCUCUGUGUCACUCCCCUCCUGUCUAAAGCAAGAUAAUGGAAUUCACUCUACAGAAUCCUGAAGCAACUUUUGAAGAAAAGAUGGCUUUCUGGUUCUAGCUCUAUAAUAGCUGGCUAAUCAGUCCUAAGUACUAGAAUACUAAGCCUUUCUUACUGGCUUAAAAAACUUUUGAACUCUCCUCAGUAUUGAUGAAUGGAAUGGCAAAUAAAGACAGAAUGUUGAAAUCAAGGAGCUGUUUAAAUUCUAGAUGAUAUAUUUUA